AUGAGACGCAGUACGAUACAAGUAGCCAAAUGGCUUGCUCAGGAGAGAGUCCUGCUGUCGCGACGUGCCUUGACAUGCUCCGGCGCAAGAUAUUCGUCCACCAGCUCUAGACAGUGGUCAACGCCGCUUGCCAAAACACUGGGAGAGGCCAUCACUACCACUGGACCCAUCUCAGUCGCUGCCUACAUGCGACAAUGUCUCACCUUCCCCGAAACUGGUUACUACACUCAAUCCGCCGAAGGCAAAGAUCCGUUCGGCCAGAAAGGAGACUUUGUUACGUCCCCUGAGAUCUCUCAAAUCUUCGGAGAACUCAUCGGACUAUGGUUUGUCGCAGAAUGGAUUGCCCAAGGCAGAAAGAGCAGUGGAGUAUACCUCAUGGAAAUGGGUCCUGGAAGAGGAACCUUGAUGGACGACAUGCUGAGAUCGAUUCGCAACUUCAAACCUCUGGCACAAGCCAUUGAUGGCAUCUACAUGGUUGAAGCCAGUCCCUCGCUACGCAAAGCUCAACACAAGCUUCUUUGUGGUGACAAUGCACUUGAAGAGAUCGACAUUGGCUACCAGAGUACAUGCAAGUACACCCCCGACUUGAAGAUUAUCUGGUGCGAGGAUAUCCGUUUUGUCCCCAGAGAGACCGACAGCUCUCCCUUCAUCGUCGCUCACGAGUUCUUCGAUGCUCUUCCCAUCCAUGUCUUUGAGUCUAUCAAAGCUCAGGCCGCUCCCAAGCAGAUCCGUACUCCUACCGGCAUUCACAAGGUCGACCCAUCAGCCACCGGAAACCCAAACACAGUAUCACAGUGGCGUGAACUCGUCGUCUCACCAACAUCACCUUACGCUACCCACGAUACCCUCAACACGCCCAAAUCACAACGCGACGAGCCCGUCCCCGAGUUUUCGCUCACACGAGCUCAAGCAGCAACACCCCACUCCCUCUUCCUCCCCGAACAAUCCCAACGCUACAAAAACCUCAAAGAUACUGAAGGCGCCGUCAUAGAAGUCAGCCCCGAAUCCCAAACCUACGCCGCAGACUUCGCCGUCCGUAUCGGUGGCGGCGUUAGCCCUUCAGCCCUCUACACAACCCAUCCAGAUCAAACACCCCCACCCACAGGCCGUCGCGUUUCUCCCCGCCGCGCCGUUGAGGAGAUUGUCAAGAAGCAAGCGUCCGGUGCUGCAUUGAUCCUCGACUACGGCACUGCAUCUUCCAUCCCCAUAAACUCUCUUCGCGGGAUCAAGCAGCAUCAUCUUGUGUCUCCUCUCUCCGAGCCAGGAAAAGUGGACAUCAGCGCCGAUGUCGAUUUCCUCGCUCUGGCCGAAAGUGCCAUCAACGCAUCUUUAAACGUCGAAGUCCACGGACCCGUCGAUCAAGCGCGUUUCCUGACGUCCAUGGGUAUCGAACAGCGUGCUGCUCAGUUGGUUAAAUUGGCCGUUGAUCGUGAAAGAGGCAGUGUUGCUGAAAAGGGUGAAGGGCAGGAAAGGACGAAAAGCGAUUUGACCGAGACGGUCAAGAGGAUUGAAAGUGGGUGGAGGAGGUUGGUUGAUGUGGGACCUCAGGGAAUGGGCAAGUUGUAUCAGGUCAUGGCUAUCUUGCCGCAUGUACCACCCAAGGCUGGAGAAGGAACCAGACGGCCUGUUGGAUUUGGUGGAGAUGUGAAUUUGUAA